UUCAGAAGUCUGAGAUGCCCCCAAGUAUUGCCAAAGUUUGCCUGUUUGAUUCUUUGGACGACACUGGUGGAGAAGACAGAAAGAAGGACACAGCAGGAUCACUGGACAGAGGCCACUCAUAUGUGAAGAGUGGAGCCUCAGAGAUGGAGGCUCUUCAUGAGGCCUACAGACAGAUCCAGGUUGUGGAGGGUUCAGAUGACCAUAACCAUGAUCACCUGCAUUCAACUGAGGAAGGAGAGAGGCUCCACAGAUCUGUGUCUUCAACCUUCGCUCCUCAACAUGACAGACAAUCUCUUCAACCUGCUUCUACCAAUGAGUCAGAUCUUCCCACUGCAGAGGAACUGAUGAGGCCCAUCCGAAUAGAGGACGAUCAUACUAGAGGGUUCAGCCUUCAACCUGUCAGUGCUUUGCAACGUGUCCAAGAAAAAACAUCCUGCUCCUUGGAAAGGACUUUCCCUGACGUGUCUUAUGCAGAGUCACAACUGAAGAGACCAAAAAGAGCCGCUACGAAGAUAAAGGGAGCUAAUGAACUCUUGAGCCACCGCUGCAGCUCCCCAGACCAUCCCAACCCUGACCUGACGUGGAGCAUCAGGGAGGAAGUACAAAGGCUGAUGAAGGAUCACAACGAGAUGAGUUCUCACAAACCCUCUCAGGCUGGCAAAAUUAAGAAACAACCGGCCUCCCGUAGCUCCACCAUUUCUCAACCUUCUAAGUCUUCAGUGAGGAAACCAACCUUGCCUCCUUCGAGAGGCAGGAAGAUGGAGGAGAGAACAGCAGUGACCUCUAGGUCAUCAGAGAUCAGUAAAACUGCUGCUGCAGCCAAAACCCAUUCACCACAGCGUCCAUCAAGCGCUACAUUCAUUAGGGGCCCAGAAAGAGACGACAACACAGCAGAGUCAGGUCUCAAAGUGAGCAAUGAGCUGGUGGCAUCCGUUCAGUCCUUAGUGGCCGUCCUCCAACAGCAGAUCAACACAAGUAGUGACCAGGAGACCAGACCGACAUAUCAUCUUCCAAACAACAGUGGGGAUGAGAGCAGCUCUCUGGUGACGGAGCUAAGAGUCGACCUGGCUCAGAGGGAGAGGGAGCUGCAGAAGAUGAAUGAAGGAGCAGAGGAGCUCAGCUCACUCAGAAAGCAGAUCUUCCUUCUGCAGAGCAAGCUGCGAAGUGCAGAAGAAGCCAAUCAAAGGAAGAAACAAGCCGAGGGCACAGAUCCUGCAGCAGAGGAAAAGCUCCAAAGGAUGGAUAAAGAACUGAAAGAGCAGGAGUUGCUCAUUAAAGGUUACCAGCAGGAGAAUGAGAAACUCUACUUGCAGAUGAAGGCUCAGCAGGCCAAGAGCAAAGCCUACGAGGAGUCUAUGUUUACUGAAAACCAGACGCUGCUGAAUGAACUGACUUUCACAAGGAAGCAGCUGAGUAAAACCUCAAGGCCUGUGGGAAAUGUCUGUUUAAUGGAUCACGCUCAACGCAUUACAGACUUGUUAAGUCAAAUAAAUACAUUCCAGAGGAAUGAAGUGAAUCUGACUGGGGACAUUCACAGACUGAAGAAAGAAAAGCAUGCUCUGGAGGAAGACCUGCAGCUGAUGAAGAAAGAGAGAGACUUGGCUAAAGCUCAGGCCAUCUCCACCUCAGGUGAUAAGACGUUAGAGAUGCGUGUACUGGAGGAGAAGCACAAAGAGGAAGUGUCAGGCCUGAAGAAGAAGCUGCAGUGGUUUGCUGAGAACCAGGGGCUGCUGGACAGAGAUGGUGACAGACUGCAGGCUGCUUCAGCUCAGAUCCAUCAACUCACAGAGCAGGUAGAGAAACUGAAAGAAGUGGGCAAAAGAAGCAGCGUGCAGCAGAGAAAGGCAAAAGAGAAAACUGUGGACACAAAGAGGAUGCAGGACCUGCAGCGACAGGUGAAGGACCUGGAGCAGAUACUAAAACACAGGAACCCAAACUCCCUGCCUGCUCUUAUAUACGCUGCAGCCAGCGCUGGUGCUGAGGAGGAUGUAGACACUGCGAAGACGCCCAAUAGCAUCGUCGUCCUGCAGGAGGCCAGGAUUCAGCGUCUGGAAGCAGAGCUGGAGAGUCACGAUGAGGAGGCUAAACGUAGCCUGAAGGCCAUGGAGCAACAGUUCCUCAGUGUCAAGCUCCGCUAUGAGCAGCAGAUCUCAGCGCUAGAGCAGCAGCUGGAACAGAAACAGCAGGUUGAAGAAGUGUGCUCCGCAGCAGUGAACCAGCCGUGGAUGUCACAGGUUCAAACUCUGGAGAAAGCGCUACAGCAGGAGAAGGAAAGCCACCUGGAGAAAGAGAAAUCCCUCCAUGACCAGAUUGAGUCGCUCCAGCAGCAGCUCAAAAACGAGGCCCAGCCGAGCCCAAGCCGACACCAGCGCCAAGCUCAGGAAGCGUUUGGAGUUCGGAUAGAGCGGUUGAAACACGAGGUCGCCACCAAAACACAAACCAUUCAGGAGCUUACCCGCACUGUGGAGAGACUGCAGAAGGAGAGGAGGACCAUGUUGUCUGUCCCCAACCCAACAGCAAAAGACCGAUCCACAGAGAAUAUACGACAGCCUCAUUUACAACAGACCAAGAUGCUCUGCUCUGUUACUGCAAAAGACACACGUGGAGAAGAGGAACUAUUUCCAGCUGCUCACAAUGAGAGGACCUACCAGCCCACAGUCUAUGCAGGGAGCCAUAUCUCAGAAGUUCUGCAGGAGAACCAGGCUCUGACUCAGCGUCUGGAGCUGCUGGAGCUGCAGGCGGAGCAGGAGAAGAAGGAAUUGAAGGCAGGUGCUGUACAAGCCGAGGAGGAGCUGCGCAGGCUCCAGGAGCACUGUGCAGAGCAGCUGUCCUCUCUGAAGGUGGAACAUCUCCGGGUAUUAGACCAGCUGAGGGCCACCCAUGCCCUGGAACACUCAUCAUCAAAGGUGGCUGAACAGGCCCAUAUGAUCAACACUCAGGAGAUAAAGAUAAAACAUCUGCAAGCACAAGUGGAGGAGCUGCAGGGAAAUAAAGAUGCACUGAGAGUGUCCAGGAGCAGAGAGAACAUCCUGGAGAGACAGCUGAUCCAACUGCUGCAGGAGCUGAAGGAAGCUAAAGAAGCUCAGAGCUCAGAGGUGAAACUCCUAUGUAGCCUGGAGAGGAAGAUCCUCAACUUGGAUCUCAGACAACAACACAGAGAGACGGAGCUGCAGCAGGUGAUCAAUGGCACGCGGCAGAAGAUAGCGCCUCAGCAGCAGGCAGAGGUGGAGCACUGGAAGAAUCUGCUCCAGGUCAAGAAAAAAGAGCUGAUGUCUUUCUAUCUGGAGUUGGACUCCAUCCUGGACGUGGUGAAACAACUGAAAAGAACUUGUUGCCUCCCUCCUGACCACGUCAUGACAACCCACAAGAACUGACUCAUAGACAUUGAUACUUGUGUGCUGAAGACAAAGAGACAGAAAUAACAACCAGCAUCUCAUCAUUAGACUCAAUCAGGUGUGAUAUUGUUCAGUGUGUGAUAUUGUUUAGUGUGAUCAGUAUCUGAUCAUGAUGACAUAAACAUUUAGAAAUAAAGCCACAAUGAUUAAAGUUGAGGCUUUGUAAAAAAGAAAAAACACAGAAUAUGAAUAGACACUCGUUCUGCCUGUAUAGUUUGUAGCCACAUUCUAUUUUUAAUGUAUGUCUUAAUUUAUUGAAGGUGUAGUGAAAAAUAAAUACUCUUUUAAACCUUUGUCGAACAAAAUUGUAUUCAGUUUGUCCUGCCACCCACUCCACUAAAAUUACACCUGUGUAUCAUGUUUGGACUUAAACAAUGUGGUCCGACAUGACAGCAGUGCACAGAGAAGAAUGUGAUCUUCUGAUCGUCUCUGGUUUGAACAGAGCUUCCCUGGUGACAUGUGGCCACAUGUUUUUAAGGCAUAGGAACGAGAAACAUGAACUUGUGGUUCUCAGCUCUGGCGAAGCCUCUUGGAUGACAGCUGAAACGUUUCAUUUAAUCAGAUGAUGUUGACUCUAUAAG